GUCAGAUAUAUCGUAAAGAUGUUCCCAAGCGCAUAUUCAAACAAUCGCAAUUCAGCUCAUGACAUUGACAUUCCCUGGAUACUCCCAUGGCGCCCUCUCUGACUUUGGGUGAAAAGUUAUCGAUAAUCCCAAAGCUUCUGAUUCCGCUUCCUGCUAUUCUCGUCUACACUGUACUCAUCUCUCCUUUCUCCACCGCUCUUAAGAGGAAAAAACUAUAUCGCCUCGUCUUUGAGACUGCUUUGCGGACUCUUGGGAGAGCCUCUGUUCACCAACUUCAGUGGCUCAACGGUACAACUCUAGGCAGUUAUCGAGCGUGGGCGAAACAGUUUAAGGUUGAGACAUUAAUAGAGGAUGUGCCCAAGUCGGGAAAGAAGCUGAUGUGGAUAGGGAACAAGGAUGCAGAAAAGGUCGUGUUUUAUGUCCAUGGUGGGGGCUUCAUGUUGCCCGUGGCCAACUUUGCGUUCACCUUCUGGCUUUUUGUUCAACGCGAGUAUGCCAAGAGAACUGGCAAGGAAAUCAGUAUUUGCGUAAUGGAAUAUUCUCUCUAUCCUCAAACCUUCCCGACCCAGCUCACAGAAACCGUACACGCAUUCUCUCACCUCCUUUCAAACACCAAAGCUACCCCAUCCAACAUCCAUAUCGCAGGUGACUCUGCUGGGGGUAACAUCCUUCUUCAACUCAUCAGCCACACAUUGCACCCUGUCGCUGGAGUUCCUCCUUCUCCACUCACCACUGUCUGUGUCCGAGGAACCCUUCUUAUAUCCCCUUGGGUCACUUUAAACGAGGAAACACGUUCUUACACCCAAAACGACGCGUCAGAUACCUUACAGUCCUCUACGCUAAUCAGUUGGGGAAACCAUUAUCUCGAAGGUGUCAAAGAUUCACAACUGCCUUAUGUCAAGCACCUUUUGACUGGGGAACGAUGGUUCGACGGAAUAGACAAAGUAACGGAGAGGAUAUUCGUGACGGUUGGUGGUGCCGAAUGUAUGUUGGACGAGUGUAGUGAGAUUCAUCAACGGCUUUGUGGGACUAUGGUCGACGGAAAACCAGUGUUGAAGUUGGAUAUUGAGGAAGGUGGGGUACAUGAGGAUAUGAUAAUGGAGUGUGGUGCUGGAGGGAAGAAAUUGACCUCUGUUGGGGAGAAGAUUGUUGAGUGGUUAAGGGAAGGUCAUGGUGAUGCAUGA